UUAUCGGCUGCUGUGAUAUUAUCUAUCAUGUGACACGAAAUGAGGUAAAUGUCUAAAAACAGCCGAAUUUGUCUUUGAUAAAGGGUAACACAAACAGCCAGGCCGCAAUUGACUGUGAAGAUCGGGGAAGUAAACGUCCACUCAACUCUAGCAGUCAAGAUGGACUUUAAUGGCAACGUAACCGCACAGAUCGUCUUUAACUGCUUGUUUGCAAUAGGAAUCAUUGUCGGCAAUCUGGUAGUAAUUGGCAUUAUUUUGUCAAACAAGGAACUCAGACAAAAUUCCAAGUAUGUCAUUGUCUUGUUCUUGGCACUGGCAGACCUAUUCGUCGGAACCUUUCCCCUCCCGAUGUGGACACACCUGCUGGUGACACAGGAACCUGACGUGUCGUGUUUAACUAUGACGGCACUGUUCGGAAGCAGUUACAUUACUGUUGCCAACAGCUGCUUCGCAGUCAUCGCCCUGAACGUGGACUUUAUACUGCAAUGUACAGUCUCAUCCUACCAAGGAAUGUGCAAGAAAUUGGUCACAUGCAUGCUCGUCGCAUUCUUUAUUCUUGGACCCAUCAUCGUUCUGGUGCCAAUAAUGAUCGUUGGGCAGUCUCCCAGUGCGUUAACGUGCGCUUUGUAUAUGAUACCAAAAUUCGGAAGAGCACUUUUUGCAAUGGCCUACUGGGUACCAUCCGCAAUCGCCAUCAUCACGACAGUGGUUAGUAUUGCCCUACAUCAAAAGAGAAGACGCCUGGCGUUCGGUCAGUAUGGUCAACGGGCAGUAUCCCAACCCUCUACCAAUCCCGCUGCACCCGUGGAUAUCAUCUUGGUUUCCUUCCUGACGGUUGCUCUCCUUUUCCCAAGCGAAGUUAUGGCUUUGAUAAGUUACGCUUGCUUCAGCUGCAGCUGGUAUUUCAUACUCUCAAAUGUCAUGGGCUACCUUAGUUACGCUAAAUCUGUUAUCGUCCCAUUCCUCUGGUUUCUGAACAAAGAUUUCCGGUCAAUAGUGAAAGGUCAGGUACGUUCCAACACCAACAAUCAACAGACUUUUAACCAGCCUCCUCCCUACUACACACAUCAGCCGUAUGUGGAAAAUCCUGGAGCAAUUUCUGCUGCUUAUCCGAACAACUCUUUCAGUCCCGUGGUUACUGGGAAUGGUGAGCCAAUGAAACAGUAAGGAUUUGCGUGUCCUCCCUUGGGCCAUGUGAUACUGUUUAUGGCCGCAACUGGCAUCAGUGCUGUUAUAUAAUCUGGACCAGGCAUACCAGUGAUUGUGCAAUGAGCAUCGUUCAAAGGAUAGGAUAGCAUCAGGAUAGGACGUUACGUUACGAACCAUGUUAGCGAGCCUAAACACGGAUCAUUUGACUGUUCUGAUAUGCCUUGGCUGCUGGGUACGCUUACUUACCUAGAAUAUAGACUGUAAAGUGACAACACCAUUGUGUCAAUCACAGUGUUACAAGCAUGGUUUGUUUCGGGUAAUCAGUAGGAAACCAAGCAGUGAUGACUGACGUAUAAACACUGAAUAUGGACAAUUGAUAGCUUGUCUUGUUGACAUUUAAAAUGAAUGUGUUUGUAUACGAUUCAAGUAAAAGGGUAAUUGAUCUUUAAAGGUGUUCAUAUGGUGAUUUUAGUCUAGGAAGGAACAUGUUGUUGUUUCUUAACGCCGCACUCAGAAAUAUACCAGCUAUAUGACUGUAAUUAAUCAGGAGCAGACAAUCAAGUGAUUGACAUCUACGCAUCGAUCUACACAACUGUGAUACGAUGGCAUGCCAAGUCAACCAAGUCAGCGAGACUGAUCCCGUUAGUAGACUCUUACGACAAGCAUGGAUUGCUAAAGGCCAGUUCUAAGUGCAGUGGUGUUUAAUCUAAUAGGACAAACCGGUUAUGGAAAAAACCUUUGAUACAAACUUUUGUAACCCGUUAAAUCGACAGUAUAAUUCAUGCACUCAGCAAAUUUUGUCGGGACUAUUCACUUGUUGUUUUUGUUUGUAGAUGGUGAAUGAGUGAGGAAUGGAUACACAGACUAUAUCUAUGUGGGGGACUUUAACCAUGUCUAGCGAACAAUAUAUUUACUUGACUUCCCGUACUAGACUACCCAACCACUUCAAAAACUAUCCCGCCACUUUCAACACUAUACUUCCCGUCAACUCCAACUGGAACACUGUAGUUCCCAGGCAACCCAACCUACCCGACUCGAACCAAACCCUACCCCUAAUAACAAUAAAUGAUUGUUAUAAUAGUAAAAAAAGGCUUUUCCUUGCGGCUUGAUGACAAAUGGUAAAACGAGGUGUGUGUGUGUGUGUGUGUGUGUGUGUGUGUGUGAGAGAGAGAGAGAGAGAGAGAGAGAGAGAGAGAGAGAGAGAGAGAGAGAGAGAGAGAGAGAGAGAGAGAGAGAGAGAGUGUUAUAUGUGUUAUAGUCACAUACUGACAUCAUUAUAUACCAGUGAUAUGUCGGAAGAGUUCCCAACAUUUCAACAUUUCACACUCAUCCCUAUCCCUCACCUCACAGUUACUUAGUGUAUGAACGUAAAGAUUUUCACGGUCGUGAAUACAUUAGUCAGUAUUUAAAAGGCGUCCUUUGCAGUUAACGUGUGCAAAUAACACUGUGGGUAUCGGUUGUUCAUUGCAGUUCGGGUAGUAUUCUAACCGAUCACGACUUUCGAUAAGUCCACUUAAUCCCCAUUGUGAUCAGCUGAUAUCAUCGGCCAUGAUGAAUGGGAAUGUGGCCUUGUAAACACCACACCAGUGUGUAUUGUGAGUACGUUGUAAAAUGGAAUGGUUUCUAUUAAAGAAAAUAUAUAAAUCCUAAA